GGUGCGUACGGAACUGACCUUCUUUUUCUUCUUCUUUGUGGUGUUUUUGUUUUUCCUUUUACUAAUUUCUCUCGCUUUCCUGCGUUUGGAAACGGUCAUUGCCCGAGCUCGUCUUUCUCCUUCAAAUCCCCUCAACAACCGUAAUAAUGGCGUCCAUGUCUCCGCGUUAAGAGACCUACGUCAGUACGGUCUCCGUUUUUGCUUUCUCUUCAGAUCUUGCGAGGCUCCGAUCGAUCCCAGCUCCUCUCGACAUCGCCUCCGUACUCAGGGAAUUUGGGGAAGAUGCAGCACUCUCAAGUUACAAUAGAGGACCAGUUAAUGCUGAAAGCCAUCAAAGAAGAAUGCCCGUGGGAGAAUCUCCCGAAACGGUUUCAGGCUACUCUUGGUUCUAAGGAAGAAUGGCAUAGAAGGGUCACUGAACAUUGUAUUAAGAAAAGGCUCCAAUGGAAUGUGUGUUUUGCUCGUAAAGUUUGCAAAGAAGGUGAAUAUUAUGAAGAGAUGAUGCGUUACUUGCGAAAGAAUCUGGCGCUGUUUCCUUAUCAUCUUGCGGAGUAUGUAUGCCGUGUGAUGAGGAUAUCACCCUUCAGAUAUUACUGUGAUAUGAUAUUUGAAGUCAUGAGAAAUGAGCAACCUUACGACAGUAUCCCGAAUUUCAGUGCGGCUGAUGCUUUGCGGCUUACUGGAAUAGGGAGAAAUGAAUUUAUUGACAUCAUGAACAAAUGCAAAUCUAAGAAAAUAAUGUGGAAGCUGAACAAAUCGAUCGCAAAAGAAUUCUUACCUACCCAACCUGUAGAUUUCCCGAUUGAGCCUUGGUGGGGAGUUUGCCUUGUCAACUUCACCAUAGAAGAAUUUAAGAAACUCUCAGAAGAAGAGACGGCAACAAUAGAUAAAAUCUGCAAGGAGGAAGCUAAUGCCUAUAUCCUCUUUGAUCCCGAAAUCAUUAAAGGGCUCUAUCAUAGAGGAUUGAUAUACUUUGAUGUUCCUGUCUAUCCAGAUGACCGUUUUAAAGUUUCAAAGCUUGAGGGGUUCAUUUCCAACAGGGAACAGUCUUAUGAAGAUCCUAUCGAGGAGCUACUCUAUGCAGUUUUUGUUGUUUCAAAUGAAAACUCAACUGUAGCAGAGCUGGCAUCCACUUUGCAAGCUGAUCUUGCUCAAUUACAAGCUGCUGCAUCUUUCGUUUGCCGGUUGGGAUGGGCUGUAAAAUUAAUCGAUCCAGCUUCUGUACUUCACGACAAGGCUAUGCCUGGAUCUCCACGAGCCAUUCUUACUGAAGAAGAAGAAGCAUCUCGUGCUAGUGUAAGCUCUGCGUACACAUCUGCCGAUGGUGAGGCUCCUCAACAUGAAGAUAAUCUAGGGACGGAAAAUGCUGGAUCACAUUCCAGUCAUGUUCGGGUUGCUUUCAUAGUGGAUGCUAACAUAACAUCCUAUCUAAUGAUGGGCUCUGUUUCACCAGGUUUGAAAUCUCAUGCUGUAACACUCUAUGAAGCGGGAAAACUUGGUCAUGCCAGCAUUCCGGACCUUUGUCAGGAUUUGAGCACAUUAGAGGGAGCAAAAUUUGAGGGUGAACUUCAGGAAUUCGCUAAUCAUGCCUUCAGCCUUCGCUGUGUCCUGGAAUGUUUAAUAUCUGGUGGAGUCUCUACUGAUACAACAGUUGAUAAGAUGGGUUCUGGAUCUUUAAGCAAUGAUGAAGCUAUCACUCUUCUGGCCGAUGUUAGUUUGACUGAUAAUUCUGGAGAUACUUUAAGGGGCACAGCUAGCCACAAUAGUGAGGCUUCCAUGGAUUCAGAUGCCCCUCAAAAGGAUCUCAUGUCAACAGAGUCAGCUCCUGAAAAUACUGAAAAUGAAACAGCUUCUACUGCACCAUCUGUCGAUGCUGCUGCCGUAUCUGAAGUCUCUAGAUCUGACUCUGAGGUCUCUAGAUCUGACUCAACCCUACAGAGCGAUGGGAAGGCAAUCCCAAUCGAGGGGCUUGACACCACAAAAGGAAACAAGAGAAAGAGGAAGAGAUAUCGUGUGGAUAUUCUCCGUUGUGAAAGUUUGGCUUCUCUAUCACUUGCUACUCUGGAUAGGCUAUUCAGCCGUGACUAUGAUAUUGUUGUUUCAAUGGUUCCUCUUCCACUUACAUCUGUCCUUCCUGGUCCUUCAGGCCCCAUUCAUUUCGGCCCCCCUUCCCAUUCAUCAAUGACGCAAUGGAUGAAACUGGUACUGUAUUCAACUGUGGGCACUGGGCCUUUAUCAGUUAUUUUGAUGAAAGGGCAAUGUCUACGUAUGCUUCCCGCUCCGCUAGCUGGUUGUGAGAAAGCCCUCAUUUGGUCAUGGGAUGGAUCUUCGGUUGGAGGUUUGGGUAACAAAUUUGAGGGGAACUUGGUGAAGGGAAAUAUACUGUUGCACUGUUUGAAUUCCCUCCUCAAAUGCUCAGCCGUGCUGGUUCAACCUCUUAGCAAGUAUGAUCUUGAUGACUCUGGGAGAGUCGUUACUUUGGAUAUACCGUUACCGCUGAAGAAUUCUGAUGGUUCCAUUCCUCAUUUUGGCGAUGAAUUGGGACUCCCCCCUGAGGAACAUACUAAGUUAAACUCUCUCUUGACUAAUCUGGCGAAUAACAUGGAAUUGUGGACAGUUGGGUAUAUUCGCUUACUGAAACUCUUCAAAGAAAGAGAGUCAGAUUACUUUUCCUCGGAUGAUGAGAAGUAUGAAUGGGUCCCUUUAAGCGUGGAGUUUGGUGUGCCACUUUUCAGUCCGAAGCUAUGCAACAUUAUUUGUAAAAGGAUCGUGUCGUCAGAGCUACUUCAAGCAGAUUCGCUUACGGAACAACACGAUGCAAUGCAAUGCCUAAGGAAAAGGCUGAGAGAUAUCUGUGCACAGUACCAAGCAACAGGUCCAGUUGCCAAACUUCUUUACCAGAAAGAACAAGCAAAGGACAAUUCCCGAAAGCUUAUGAAUUAUGCAAGUGGAAGGUGGAACCCUCUUGUGGAUCCUUCUUCACCUAUUUCAGGAGCCAUGAGCGAGUAUCAGAGGUUGAAACUAGCAAAUCGCCAACGUUGCCGGACUGAAGUUCUGAGCUUUGAUGGCAGCAUCCUUAGAUCCUAUGCCUUGACCCCUGUAUAUGAAGCUGCCACUAGACCCAUUGACGAGAGUACACCCGCAAGUACAACAAAAGUGGAUUCCGAUGAAGCAGACAGCCGAGAAGUGAUUCUUCCAGGCCUCAACCUUCUGUACGACGGUUCAGAGUUGCGACCAUUCGAGAUAGGUGCUUGCUUGCAGGCUCGACAACCAGUAGCCUUGAUAGCAGAAGCAGCUUCAGCAUCUGCAUCCCUUGCCCCGAAGUAGAUAUUCCCGCAAGAGAUUCAUCCCGAUUUCAUCUGCGUUGCCCUUUCGGCCCGCCUCUCUGUCCUCUUAUUUCAUUUCCUUCCCUUUUAAGAGAUCAACGCUGAAUGAACGAGCAAAGGUAAACCUCGAUUCGAGUCUAUUGUUCUUUCCAUGUCCAUCUCCGUCCAAACUUAGAAAGGUUGAUGGGCUUAUACACAUGAAGAAGCAUUCCACAUUGCUGGUGAGUUACAUUAAGUUGGGCAUUCAAAAGAAGAGGCAAAGGGCAACAUUCCACAAGGGACAUAUAUACUUAUAUGCGUUGAAUCCUCGAUGCUACAGUUUCCUAUGCCUGGUUUCCUUGGUGAAUGUAUGUAUACAUCAUUUGAUGAAUUUUCUUUGUAAAAGCCCAGGAAAUUUUACCGACAGUCGGGAAAGGCUGUCAUUUGCGGAUGGGACUGGUGGUUUUGAUAGGAAUUGUUUGUUUUUUUAAAGCUC